CCAGACGCUGCUUGGUUUUCUCUUUCCGUUGCGUCUGCUUCGCGACUUAGGGCAAUGCAUUUCAGUAUAACACGGUCUCAGCGGCUUGGAGCAGCCAUUGGAAUCUCGGCUGCCUUCUUUCUCACAGAGAUCUCAGUUGGGUUUUACACACACUCUUUGGCCUUGGUGGCGGAUGCCUUCCACUACCUAAAUGAUCUUGUUGGGUUCAUUGUUGCAUUUGUCGCUCUCAAGGUUUCGAACUCCGAGCAUUCACCUAAGGAGCUCUCGUUUGGAUGGCAACGAGCUCAAAUCCUGGGCGCAUUCUUCAAUGGAAGUCUGUUAUUUGCGCUGGGUAUUAGUAUCUUCCUGCAAUCAAUUGAGCGCUUUAUCACGUUGCACCAACACCAUCAUCAUCACGACGACCACCGUCACCCAGAUUCGGAGGCCGAGCCUCAAGGGCAAGGUGAUUUUGAACAGCAACGUGAGCUUGAAAAUAAAGCCAAGCACCAUGAUCACAGGCACACGGAGCACGAAGAACUUCCCAUCUUUGGCGGUCAUGAUUUGGGCAUGAUGGGCGUUUUGCUUCACGUUGCCGGCGAUGCGGCCAAUAACCUGGGUGUGAUGGUUGCUGCACUAGUCAUUUGGCUGACGCGUUAUGAGGCGAGGUAUUAUGCUGAUCCUGCCACAAGCAUGGGUAUUGCUGCAAUGAUCUUCCUUUCUGCACUUCCCCUCAUCCGGCAAUCCGGUCUCAUAUUACUCGAGAGUGCUCCAAACAAACUCGAUCCUGCAGAUGUGAAGCAUGACCUUGAAAAGAUUCCUGGCGUCCUAUCCGUCCAUGAGCUGCAUAUCUGGCGUCUGAACCAACAUAAGACUCUUGCAUCAGUUCAUGUCGCUAUGCUGGAUCACUCGAUUUCCGAAUUCUCUGAAGUAUCACGUACAUUGCAGGAGUGUUUCCAUGCCUGGGGGGUGCAUUCAGUUGCCAUUAUGCCGGAAAUCGCAACUCCCUUGUCUGCUAGGGCCCUGACCCAAAAUCAAAGUGACAUAAGUGGGAUGGAGGUGUCAGAGAAGUACCUAAAUCUUUGCCAGUCCCAAUGUAGUUCGUUCUGCAGAGAAUUGGCUUGUUGCGGGUAG